UUCGAGGGGUCGAGUCUGCCCCGCGCUUUGCUGCUUUGGACUUCUGAAUUAUGAUUGCGGGGCAUUUCAUCCAAAUGCCCCUCCAAACUUUCACGAGCUUCUACUCUAAACAUCAUUUAAUAUCGGUUUAGACAUCAUCCAACAACUCCUAAAAAUACGUAGUAGUCAAUUGGCCCUCAAUCCGUCAAGAUGUUCAAGAGAGAAAUAACCGCCGCGCCCAAAUCCAAGCUAAAGUCGUCGGUCCAACGAUCUCUGCGCCAGUCUUUACUGUCGACCUACCCGCUACUAAACCCCUACAUCGAUGAAAUCCUACCGAAGAAGGGGUCGCUCGAGGCCAUGAAGCUUCCCGAUCGCUGCACACUGUACGUGUUAGACUCCCAGCCGCUCUUCUUCCAGCAGGACACAACAACGCUGCUACCGCACCUACGCCUCGUCCACCGCUUCCCAGACGCCUUCCCUAGUAUACGCAUAGACCGCGGAGCGAUUCGCUUCGUAUUGUCCGGAGCCACACUCAUGGCACCCGGUCUGACAAGCACUGGCGGCAGAUUACCCAGCGGCGUCAGCACCGAAGAGGGGAAGGAGGGUCUAGAUGAAGACGAGAGGUGGACUAGGGAACUGGAGAAAGGAGAGCCCGUGGUAGUCCGAGCCGAGGGGAAGCUCGAGGCAUGCGCCGUAGGAUUCUUAGUCAUGGGCACCAAGGAAGUUAAAGAGAAGGGUAAAGGGCCUGUUAUCGAGGACGCGCACUACCUGGGCGACGGAUUAUGGAAGCUCACUACGGACUAGAGUGAGUCGCGGUGGAGCGUGGUCGAUUUAUUGGUUAAGCGAGUAUCAUUACAUGAAGCACGUGCACUAGCCCGAGAGUGCCUCGACGAAGCUAUCUCAGUUGUGAGAAGCGGUACUAUCCGAGGGAUUCAUACUACUAGGGCCAAUUAUAUUUACAUAUCAUCUUGUGAAGGUUCCGAAGAGGCAAAGCUAUCAGAAUAUGAAAGUGAAUAAAAGGUAUUUUUAUUAAUGGUAUUUCGAAGGGGUGAUUCUGGUGAGACGUGUACACAGAGUAGAGUAUCGGAUUGAUAGGUACUAAUUUGCAAGGAUAUGUGUAAAGUUUAACAUGAUUGUUUGGCUGGCCGGCCGGUCGAUUUGAAUACUCUUCUAGUGGGAUUUCAAAUACCUUCUUCUAAAAGGUACCUCCUAUGUAUUGAAUUAAACUCUGUUUGGGAGGGUUGUUUGCAUUCGUUAUGUUUGCUACCGCCGAAGUGGGGCCGUGAUACACAUCGGACCGGCGCC